AUGUAUGCAGCUAACAAUUCACUGGUUGGUACUGAGUCAUUGUGGCGUCAGAUCAACGACAAGGUCAUUAUUGUGCAGAUCUUGGUAAUGAUUUUUCUUUGCAUCAACAUAUUACUCAUUGUAACCUUUUUCAAAAACCAGUGCUUUUACACGACUACACGUUACAUCUUAUUUGCUGUUACAUUACUGUCAGAUAGCAUUUUGUUGUUCAUGUCUGAUAUCUUGCUCAUCCUCAUCUAUUUUCGUUUUACCAUUCAAGUGUGGCUGUGUAUCAUUUUCUCUGUUGUGGUACUUGUGUACAUCAUAGUCACACCAGUUACUCUGACAGCAAUGACUCUGGAGCGCUAUGUGGCCAUUUGUAUGCCCCUGCGUCAUGGAGAGCUCUGCUCCACACGCAGCACUAUGCAUUGUAUCCUCAUCAUUCAUGGCCUCAGCUCUGUGCCCUGCAUUGUUAUUCUCUCCACCUUCUUUGCAUCAGCAUCUCUUAGCUUCUACAAAAAAUAUCAGAUGUGUUCAGUGGAGAUUUUUAUUUUUCAGGUCUGGCAGGAUCAAGCUAGGUCAGCUGUACAACAAUUUUACUUCUUGAUUAUGUGCAUCAUCAUUGUUUUCUCCUAUGUUAAAAUAAUGAAAGUGGCCAAAGCUGCAUCAGGAGAGAAUAAAAAGUCAACAAAGAAAGGGCUCAGAACAGUGAUUCUUCAUGGUUUUCAGCUGCUGCUCUGUCUCAUCCAGCUGUGGUGCCCAUUCAUAGAAGCUGCUGUAAUUAAGAUUAGCUUUAGUUUAUUCGAAGAUGUCCGGUACUUUAACUACAUAAUGUUUUAUCUCGCUCCAAGAUGCUUGAGUCCACUCAUUUAUGGUCUCAGAGAUGAAAAGUUUUUUCAGACAUUAAGAAACUAUUCCUCCAUUUGCUUGUUUAAAAGAAAUAUUUGACUAAAUAGAUUAAUCAUUUUAUAACAGAAAUUGACACUGAAUUUAAUUUACUCACUGAAAUUCUAAUUUCAUUGAGGCAUACUGGAAAUCACUGUUUAUGUUCACAAUUCACUCUCUAAAUAUUUAAGAUUUAGAGGCAUGUUUUAGUGUCUUUUUUUUUUAAUCGUAAUAAGCAUAGAUAUUGCUAUGAUGAAUAGAUAACUAUGACCCACACGUAGUGUGUAGUUUUUGCUGCCCUGUACACCUCAAUAAAGAGACAGAGCAUGACAGACAUAACCUGAAUGUAACUUCAGAGAACAGAGAAACAGGCUGCUGGGGGACUUUAACAUUAACAUGGACAAAAACUGAGAAACUUAAAAGAAAUUCAAACAGUGCUUACCUGAACCCAAACUCAAGGUGAAGGAGUCUCUUCACAUCAGCAAGUUGAAGUGCAGGCACACAGUAGUAGCACUGGAGAUUAUUAGUUGCUGCACUAAAUCAUACUUUGUUAAUGUAUUUCUAUGUUAUUUGUGGAUUCUUCAUAAUGAUUAGGCUAUGCAUUGUGCAGUCUUUUCUCUAACCACACUGCUUGUCACAGAUUAUGCUUUAUGUAAAAUCUCAAAUCAAUAUGUAUCUGUUAAUCCAAUAAAGCUGCUCUUGCACAAGUUAUUCAACUUUCCAGCCUUUCAAAGGCAGAU